AGGUUUGGCAUCACAAAUUUUGGAGAGGCUGCUGAGUGGACUUCCACUGUGCGUAAAAACGCAAAGAGAUUAAGAGUAAGGCGGUGACUGUGUGUGUGUGUGUCUGUGCCAUUGUGUGUGUUUGAGACAGACAGACAGAGAGAGAGAGAGAGAGAGAGAGAGAGAGAGAGAGCUGCACUUUUCUUCACAUUUAAAGUUUUCCACCUCCGUCUCUGUCAUUCACCGGGAAAACACGCAGCUGCUACAGAAACGCGCCACGCUACUGAUCUCAUGGCGAAGCUCCCCCUCAUUCACUCACGCAGGGAUCUUCUCCUCCACUUUAAUCCACUGAUAAGUGUUUGGUUUUUUUUGUUACUAUUGUUUUUCUCUGUGCUGCAGCAUGAGCGCUGAAUGCAGCAGCUACUACAGCGCAGACGGGCUGUUUGUGGACGCCUUCUCCUGCCCCAGACCUGGAAAUGCUGCUGCUGCGGUCUACUGCUGUGGAUUUAAUGAUGUCAAGUACUGCUGUGAUGAUCCCAACAGUUUUUUCCCGUAUGAGUACGGAUACAUGUGGUGGCUGAGCAUCGGUGCUCUGGUUGGUCUGUCCAUAGCAGCGGUCGUCCUCCUCGCCUUCCUCAUCACUGUAUGUGUCCUCUGCUACCUCUUUAUCGCCACCAAACCCAGUCGUCUUGACAAUGGCCUACCCCUAAGAGCACCAGGCGAUCCCAGUGAGGGACCCAGUCAUGUGAGAGUGGCUUCUGGUCCACAAGGAUUCAGAAAGCACUUAAUGAGCAGGAAACUGGACUGUGUCAAUCAGCCGCCGGAACCUGAUCGCCUUUUCCAGAAGUGUUUCACAGCGACAGCCACUGGUGUGAAAGUGGAAAGUCCCUCAUAAGCCGCUGAAAACAUCCUGCUUACAAACAGAACCAGCAGUGCACAAGCCAAUCCGACAAGUGAAUCUUGAGGCCGCCCGAGCUUGAAGUGGACCGACACAAGUGGGAGGAGAACAACGGUAACUGACAAAUUGUGCAGAGUCAUGGCAUUUGAGUGGAAUGAUCAAUGAAUGAAAAACACACUGUUGCAGACCAGCCUGAUAAAGCGUACAUCAUGAAUUCUCUGAAACAUCUGGCCUUGAUGACUUUGAGUGAAGAGUGGCCUCCACAUGAGUGGAAAUGAGUCAUCCUCCAUCUUCUUGGAAGUGAUUACAUACCACUGGCAAACUUAAAGCCAAAGUAGCACUGUUGAGUCUUUAAGAAAUAGUCUUGUGCAGGCCAACUGAAGGACCAGUUCACAUCGAGGAUGUCCAAGUUCAUGUGCAUUCAGGUUUGAUGCUGAAGAUGUAGCGAAUGGCCAGCCAAAGAUACGGCAACACAACCGUAGCGUCUGUGCAGCCUGUACGUAAAGUCAGGAUUGGACGUUGUACAGUUGAGUGCUGUUGAUUUGUAGCUAUCUGCUACAUUUCACUCAGGGACUGACGGAUUUGUGAGGAGAACCUGCAAUAUGAUAAGACUGUCCUAAAAAUGGACAAAACAAACUGCCAUCACCGUCAGUUGUUUGUUUGUUGUUUUUUUUUUUUUUACAUUUUUCAGUGACAAGCAACUCCUGUAAAUCUCCAUGUGAUGCCUGGAGCCUUAGGUGGAUGGCUGGGUAGGUCUAACUUUCACACGAGAGCCCAUGAUUUUCAUUUUGUCUGUUGCCAGCAAUGAAUUGUUUUCUUUUUACCAUGAAGAACCACAGUGUUUUCAAAAAUGGGACCUAUCUGGUCUGAACUAAAAUCUCCAGUAGGCAGAUUGUUGUGGUGGUUGGGGUGGUGACAGAGUAUAAAGUUGUAAUGGCAUCGCUGUUUACUCGCUUCAGUAGAAGACAACUAGACUUGUCUGUUUGGUUCUUGAAUAUAUUUCACUUCUCAUCCAAGAGAGGUUCCAAUGCAGCAAGCAGCGCACAGAUCUGCCAAUAGGGAAACAGCCACUCAACAAGCACAUAGCAGAACAAGGAAGAGUCUUUAGGACAAUACUCAGCAGUGCACCUGCAUCUAAAAGAUAAGGGACACUAGUUUGAGUACAGUAAUGUUCACAUUUGACGUUGAGAGAGGCCACCAUCCUUCUCUCAACAGAGUAGGGUUUACAGCGCCACUUAUUAGUGCAUUGAGCAUGAGGUGGUUGAGUGGGUUGGCAGCUAAACAAAAGGUUGAUGGCUGAAUCAGUGCCCUCUAGUGGUCAUAGUAACUAUGACAGGACCAAAGAAGGAAGCGCCAUUGAGUCCCUGUAGGCAGGAGGUCAGGUUGGAUGGAUGGGAAGCUGCUGUUUAUUUCACAUUACAAAGUUAUGCUCAGCGUUUCUUUUAACCACGAUCGUUCCAUAACCUCAGCUGUGCGUUGCCUGUUGUAUCAAUGAGAAUGGACGUAACUGUGCCUAAGCGCAACUACACAGAGGUGAAGAAUAUCUGUCAUGAAAGAUGUAAGUUUUUCAGGACAAACACAAAGCUUUCUGACCACUGUGCCAUUCAGCUUGAACUAAAAGAUUUCACAGUAACUAACAGAUGAUCUUUUUUAUUUGUAGGAAACAUAUAAUAAGGUAGAAGUUAUAGACUUCUUUUGCCAAAUACAGUACACCAUACACAAUAUAUAUGUAGUAGACAGUAUGUUUGAAUCAGGAUUAAUUCCUUUAAAAAAAAAAAUAGCAUGGCACACUGUGCUCUGUUUCUACUGGGUGGUCAACUUCAAGUGUCCUUUUUCUUUAUUUUGAAACUCUGAAUUGUAGCAUGAAUAUUUCUCAAUUCAUGAAAAAUGUCUCAUUUGUUUGAUUAAAUUUUGUCUUUGUACUCGGAAGAAGACUGAUUAACUUUUUAUUUGUUCAGAAGGUGUGCUCCUUUGUUAACGGUCUGUCAUUUUGUCGAUUAGAAUACGCUGCAAAAUAGACUCUUCAAACAACAGAACAACAGAAAGGGCCUCAUUUAAGAGUGUGUUUCUGUACAAAUGUGUGUACUUAUUACCUUAUGACCUCCUGCAAUCAAUGGACUGCUGACUGGUCAAAUGUUUGGAGACAGAGAGUUUUUUUGUAGCCCACUGAUGCGUUUGUUCCUCACAUCAGCUUGAUAUGUGCAAAUGUGAGGGUUAGAGUUAGGGUUAGGGUCAGGGUUGAGUUUGUUAAAUAAAAUAUGUAUAUAUAUAUAUAUAUAUAUGUUUCUGCUAAAACAUGAGCUGCAUGUGCAGUUCAAAGAAUGACAGAGGAAGACAGGAGGGGUGGUUCAGUUUAUUUUCAUAGAAUGUCUGUACGUUUGAUCGCUUUUCAAAUGCAUUCCAUGAAUGUACACACUGACUUAUUCACACCGUCCUUGAAAGAACAUCAAUAAAAUCAGAAUCAAAGCACA